AGUUUUUCGUUUUUGUGUUUUUCCUUCUUCUUCUUCUUCCUUUGAUUUGGAGGGUUUUUUUGUGGUGUGAAUCAAAGGAAGAGAGGAGGAGGAAGGAGAGAGAGGAAGGCGUUUGCAUUUCUCUCUCUCUUCUUUGGUGUUUUUUUUUCUUUCCCGUUCUGUUUCUUUUGUGAGGAAGGAAACUUAGGGUUUCGGGGGGGUUGUUGUGUAGCCGGAUUGGAAAGACGGAAGCGGUGAAGAAGAAGAAGAUGAAUAUGAUGCGUAGGCUCAAGAGCAUUGCGUCGGGUCGGACCUCUGUUUCGUCGGACCCGAGUGGUGAUUCCAGCUCAAAGAGAUCAAAGUUUGAUCAACAAACUGAAAAGAAGGUUACUGUUGAGAGAAGAGCCACCGACCAAAUUACAAAAUCAACAUCAAUGGAAUCAGCUGCAAGCACGUCCAGUGCAUCUUCAGUAGCUAAGAUACAGGCCAAAGAAGAAAAAUCUACUGUUGAUCAACUUCCGAAAGAUAUGCAUCAAAUGAAUAUUAGAGAUGAUAAGGUGAACAACCAUGUUGAAAAGGAUAUGGAAGAAACUAUCAUAAAUGGUAAUGGAACAGAAACAGGCCAUAUCAUUGCGACAACAGUAGGCGGUCAAAAUGGACAACCUAAACAGACAAUCUCUUAUAUGGCAGAGCGCGUAGUUGGCACUGGUUCAUUUGGAGUCGUCUUUCAGGCCAAGUGUCUGGAAACAGGUGAUGCAGUUGCAAUAAAAAAGGUGCUGCAGGAUAAAAGAUAUAAAAAUAGAGAACUUCAGAUCAUGCGCUCACUGGACCAUCCCAAUGUUGUUCAAUUGAAGCAUUGUUUCUUUUCAACUACUGAAAAGGACGAGCUGUACCUUAACCUUGUCCUUGAAUAUAUAUCUGAGACUGUUUACAGAGUGUCAAAGCAUUAUGUCAGGAUGAACCAACAUGUUCCCAUUAUUUAUGUGCAGUUGUACACAUACCAGAUUUGUCGGGCAUUAAAUUACUUGCACCAUGUUGUUGGUGUGUGUCAUCGUGAUAUUAAGCCACAGAAUUUACUGGUCAAUCCCCACACUCAUCAGCUAAAGAUAUGUGAUUUUGGGAGCGCAAAGAUGCUGGUGCCAGGUGAAGCCAACAUAUCAUAUAUUUGCUCACGAUAUUAUAGAGCUCCAGAACUCAUAUUUGGAGCUACAGAAUAUACAACUGCCAUUGAUAUGUGGUCUGUUGGUUGUGUAUUUGCUGAGCUUCUUCUUGGGCAGCCACUGUUUCCUGGGGAGAGUGGUGUUGAUCAGCUGGUGGAAAUCAUAAAGAUUCUUGGAACACCAACCAGAGAAGAAAUCAAGUGCAUGAAUCCAAACUACACUGAGUUCAAGUUUCCUCAAAUUAAAGCUCACCCCUGGCAUAAGAUAUUCCAUAAGCGAAUGCCCUCUGAAGCUGUGGAUCUCAUUUCAAGGCUGCUCCAGUAUUCACCAAAUCUGCGUUGUACUGCUUUGGAGGCUUGUGCGCACCCUUUCUUUGAUGAUUUGAGAGACCCAAAUGUUAGCUUGCCUAAUGGACGGGCGGUACCUCCUUUGUUUGAUUUUACAGCUCAAGAAUUGGCCGGUGCAUCCACUGAACUCCGACAUCGUCUCAUCCCCGAGCAUGCAAGGACUUAAUUACUGAACCUAGAGGUGUCACAUAUUUCCGUGAUGUAAAUGCAUUUUUGAUUGCUUGGAUGCUCACGAGCUGUGCUGCCUUUACCCUUCUGCAAAUCAAUCAGGACAGGAGCAGUGAGAUAAGUUCCUGGAGGGCUGUUUGCAGAAACGGAUGGAGGAAUUUUUUCGGGGGCAGUGGGGCUGCAUAGCAACGAGAUUCUAACACCAGUUUGACAUUGUAUCAAUGGACGCCUCGACUUGUGAAAGAUGAGUUGUUUCAUAUAUGUUACUCUUUUGUCAUAUAGGUGCAUGGGUAUUGUGGAAACUAACCUAAGGCGAUCACUUAGAUAAAUUAGGUUCUCACUGUAUACUGUUCCCCUGUUACAAAGGAAUUCAAGUAUUCAAGUUGUUUUCCCCAUUUGAGUUACGGUUGUUUAUUCCAAUCUAUUUGCUCC